AUGGCGGUUGAUUGGACUCAACUUCCUGAAGAACUCGUUCAAUCAAUCUCGAAGAAAAUCACAGUUUACGUUGAUUAUGUUCGAUUCCGAGCCGUGUGUUUCAUGUGGUGCCGGUCAAUUCCAAAGGUUCCGUGCCACCUCUCCCCACAAUUCCCAUGGCUCAUGCUUCCUCUCUCCAAAUCUCAACCUCAAGACCAGCGCUCCUUUUAUGACCUCUCUACGGGCAACACCUACCGUAUCCAAAUCCCAGACGUUUUUCGCCCCGACGCGAACAUUUGCUCCUCCUCCAAUGGCUGGCUCGUCAUCCUCGACGACUCCCCGGCCAUCGUCCUCCUUAACCCUCUCACUCAGGCCAAAUUCCACCUCCCUUCGCUCACCUCCUUCCCCAACGUAGUGAGCUUCGACUACUCCCGAGUCGGCCAGGAGUAUGAGUUAUUUAUCGUGGACGACGACUACUUCUACUAUCUUAGUUUGAGGGAAAUGCGUGACUGUUUUCUCAAAAAAAUUGCUAUUUCCUCAGACCCACUGAACAGCAACUUCGUUGCAAUGGCGAUUCUCAGAUACAGCGAUGAGUUGGCAUACUAUAAAGACGGUGAUCUAUCUUGGACCUUCUUUCCUGACGUGGGUUUCAUUGAAGACGUUGUUUAUUACAAGGAGAAAUUCUACGCUUUGAGUAAUGACGGAGUAAUUGCAGUUUGUGAUGUAAAUUGCGAGUUACCGAGUGUUUCAGUAAAUUUAAAUUUCAGACAACCAGAACAACCUAUUUACUGCCAAGUGAAUCGUUUAGUGAAUUCAGGGGACGAUGAGUUGUUAAUGGUUGUACGCCAUUGCAAUCCUGACGUGGGAAUGGGGAAUGAAUUUGGAACAUUACAGUUUGAUGUUUACAGAAUGAAUUGGAGCGGGCCCAGUUGGGAUAGGGUGGAGAAUUUGGGUGACCGAUUGUUGUUUAUUGGUGGAAAUUCGUCUGUAUCGUUGUCUGGUUCUGAUUUUCAAAGACGUUCCAUUAUGGUGUUAUUGGUGAAAAAAGUGAUAGUGGAAUCUUCAAGUUAUGGGAUAAAAGUUUUGUCUCGUUACCAUGUCACGAGAUGGAGCGAGGUUCAUGGGAACUUUGGGUUACACCGAGUCCAGGAUCGGGGAAGAGGAUCGGAGGAUGAUGAUGGCUAUGGAAGUUGA